AAAACGCUCAAUCCAAACAACAACAACGAGAUGUGCUUAUCGACCAUUCAGUGCAUGUGUUUUGCCUUGUUUUUUCGUUAUAUUACUGUUUUGUGUCAUGAAAUAAUGAGUAGAGUACCUUUAAUUGUGGUGUUAGGUGCUACGGGAACUGGAAAAUCAAAAUUGGCAAUCGAGCUGGCUUUGAAAUUCAAUGGCGAAAUCAUCAGCGCCGAUUCAAUGCAAGUUUAUAAGAAACUGGACAUCAUAACAAACAAAGUGACACCAGAAGAAAGAAACCUAGUCCCACACCACAUCAUUGACUUCCUAAGUCCCUUGAAACGCUACUCUGUCGUCGAGUUCAGGAACCAUGCUCUGAAAACGAUUGACGAAAUCGUUGAGCGGAAGAAGAUACCGAUCGUCGUCGGCGGCACUAACUACUACAUCGAGGCCCUUCUGUGGAAGAUCCUCGUGGAUGCUGAUCGGAACCCUCAGGAACUUCGACAAUCCCCGUCCCAAGAUGGCGACUCUCCCUUUCCGGAGGCACUCUUCGCGAAACUCACGCACUGCAAGGCAAUUCUGCAGUACGUCCAGGACGCCCUUCGCGCCCCCAUUUCAACCCUGUUCGAGUGCAUCGAGCCCGUCUACCGCAUCCAGCCGCAAGUGCCGCAGGAAGAACUCCAGGGCUUCUCCAACCGGGUCCUCAACGAUAUGUUCGGGAAAACCACCGCCAUCGAGAACAUAAAGCGACACAAAAAUGCUAUCCAGGUCAUUAUUCGAAUUGUUGAGGAGAUCUUCGAGUUCAUCUUCAACUUGCAGCAGCUAGUUUCCGAGACUGAAAAGACGAAACCUGGCAAGCCGCGAACAUACGUGAAGCAUGUGCUCUUACCGAAUCUGUGCUCAACGAACACGCUCCUAUCCUGCAAUUUCGUGUCCGCCUUGUUCCCAGAGAUGUCCAAGCUUCAAGCAGAGGUGGAAGAGGCAUUGCAAGAGGUGGAGCGGGUGUUGGACGGCGGUGUUUUGGGCGGCGAGGAGGCGGAGAGGGCGUUUCGCGGUCGCGUUGAGGCCGCGGAGAGACGGACGCUCGAACGGCUCGGGGGCCUCGUCCAGGAGCUGUCCAGCGCGGUGGUCAUCGAGGAGGACUGCCUCAACCACUUGCCCGUGCCCGAGCUACACCAAAGGCUCAACGACGUCGACCCCGUCCGGGCAGCCGCCCUUCACCCCAACGACCGGCGAAAAGUUUUCAGGUCUUUGCAAGUGUAUCUGAGAACCGGGAAAACUCACAGCGGGAUCAUAAAGGAGCAAAGAAGUGAGGCGGGUGGUAGUGAUCUUGGAGGUCCCCUCCGCUUUCAGAACACCUGUAUUUUUUGGAUUCAAGCAAAUCAGACUGUUUUGGAUACGCGAUUAGACAAACGAGUUGAUGAAAUGAUUGAAAGUGGAUUAAUUCAAGAAAUAUCGGACUUUCAUGACGAGUACAAUGCCCAAAGACUGCUCAAUAACGAGGUUGCAGAUUAUACAAAAGGCAUCUUUCAGUCAAUUGGUUUCAAAGAAUUUCACAACUACCUGAUCUUGGACAAAGAGGAAAGAAAAACAGCAAAGGGUCAACGGAUACUUCAAGAAGGGAUCAAUGCUCUAAAAAUGAGCACUUGGCGUUAUUCUCGCUCUCAAAUUAAAUGGCUGAAAAAUAGGUUUUUCGGAUCAAAGGACAGGCAGAUUCCACCAAUAUAUAAUGUUGACAGUAGCAAUGUAGACGAGUGGAAUGAGAAAGUUCUCUCGCCAGCAUCUGAAGUUGUGAGUCAUUUGCUCACCGAUGGCGUUGAGGGUUUGAGUAAGUGUCAAAUAAAACCAAUUCCAAAUAAAACGGAUCACCCUCAUCAGGAUCGGCAUAAAAAUUUCUAUUGUGAACCUUGUCAACGGCUUUUUAUCGGUACUUUGCAAUGGGAAGCUCACUUAAAAUCCAAAAAACACGCCAAAUUUGUAGCUGGGAAAAGGAAAGAAGCUGCACCAUAAGAAAAUAAGUUAACAACCAGUCUUUUUAUGAUACAUAUCUGUCAUUGUUAAAAAAAUAUUGAUUGUGUGUCAAGGUAAAGAUUAAAGUUUGACGACAUUCUGAGACAGUCUAUGAUACCCUUCAAUAAAGGCUCAUAUUUGUUUACUUUGUGACUCCAUUCGUUGCUAUGGCAACAGGAAAAGAAACACAGCCUACUGCAUUUGACGAGAUGAAUCGCAAGCAUGCAGAAAACGAUAUUGAAUUCCCAUUUCAUUGGCAGGUUUUUUCGAUUUCAAUUGACCAUAUCCACUUUAUUUUAGUGUGAGUGUGUUUUUCAUUUACCAAAGUAAGUUGUGUAAAAUGUUGUUCCAUAAACAUUUAUCUAUCUUUACAUUUAAAUAAACAAAGUUUUUUAAUGUCUUUCAAGAAUUCAAGAGAAGAUUUCUCAUAAAGUUUUUUGUCAUGGUUUUUUUCAUCUAUUAUUUUUGUGAAUAUUGUUAAAGUUUAAUUGUUAGUGUCAAUUUUAAAUAUUAACCCUGCUUAUUUCA